GUCACAUGACCAUGCCGGAAAACAGGAAGUAAGACGUUGAGCCGUGAGUGCGGGGCUGCCGCUGCUUUUCUAAAAAAAACAUGAUUUCAUCCAUAGUUAUUGGGUGUGCAGUAGGUUUGAUCUUGUUAGAAGGGGGUCAGGCUAGUUCUUUUGGAAUAAACGCAACGGUGAUGGAUGUACAGUGGAGCAGAGACGAUGUUUUCCGGAGAAUGUCUGGUAUGGAAGAGAGUUCCUUGUUUACCUCGCUAUCUCCCGUACUCGGAUUCCACUACUUGCUCGGUCUGUCCUCGUCUUUCCCCGACGACCUGGAGGUCAACCAGCAGUGUCGGGAACUUCUUCACAUCUUCGCCCAGAGAUGUAUCUCCUACGUGGAUUGCCUCCUGCAGUUUGCUCGACCUGUCAGGAUCUGCCAGAACUGUUACAGCGAGAUUGAGAGCCUGAAUAAUACUUAUACAAAUAUCUCAAAGGAGAAUACAGGGAAUGUGAGCUGUAGAAACGUCUUGCUAAGGUCUGACAGACUGCAGCUGGUUUCUGUGCUCCAUCGCGAUAUGAAUGUCAUCUGGGACACGGCGGACUGUGAAAAAUGCUUGACUUUUCCUCUUGGCAGCUUCUCGAAUGAUAGCCUAUACUUCAUGGCAUCUCUGAAUCAAACGCUUAGCUGUUUUGACAAAUAUGAGCAGCAAGGGAACCAGUCUGUAGUCUGCAAGGAAUGCAAAACAACCUACAGAGGCCUGAAUGACCUCUACAAUAGGAUGGAGAAGAAUCAAACUGUUUGCUUUGAUAUUGAAGACGCGAUGAAUAUAACCCGCAGACUGUGGAGCAAGAAUUUCAAUUGUUCGUUCCCCCGGGAAGAGAUCGUCCCCGUCAUCGCCGUGUCCAGCUUCAUGCUCUUUCUGCCCAUCAUCUUCUACUUGAGCAGCUUCCUGCACUCCGAACAAAAGAAGCGCAGGCUCAUACUCCCGAAGCGUGCGAAAUCAAGCACCAGCGUGAUGAACAUUCAAGACAGACACAGCUGAGUGCCCAACGCAGCAGACCUGUGGCAAAGCUGGGAAGAAAACAGUGGAGAUGCUUGGCUUUUCAGGAGCCCAAGAUAAUGGAGUAUAGUAUGGUGAAUAACGCUGCCAACAGGGGUGAACGGACCUCAGUGUUAAUAAGACUGUCUUUGUUUUUGUUUGUUUCUGCUUUUCUUUUUUGGUUGUAGAGAGAGGGCAAGGUGUAUGACAGGGCCAAGCAUGAAGUUGCUGGAGCCCUAAUGUUGUUGUUAGGAUUGUUAUAAUUCUGCCAGGGCUUCAGAAGAAAUUCAUAAAAUAUACUCUUUUUCAUUACAAAUUCAUGAAACUUCACAGGAUUGUAGAGGCCUAUGGUAAGAUGUUGGAGUGGAAACGAGGCUGAGUUGUCGUAUGACUUCUUGGCCAUUUUGGGGAUUUUUGAUAUAAAUUAAGAACUUUUUUGAAAAACAUCUCAGAAACCAGUAAUGGUAGAGAUCUAAUGUCUGAGGUCUAGACUUGCUGUGGUCACAUCGAUUGGUCACAUGGGUUUUCUGCCAUAUUGGAUUUGUCAAAAACCAUUCAAAUAAUCUUUACUGUUAACACAGGUUGCUAUAGUAACGAAAACAGCUGCCAUGCAUCACUUAAAUACUAGAUAUGCUUAAUAUCCAAGUUACCAAAUAAGUAAUAAUUAUUCCUUAUGUAUAUUGCUUUGGAUCCCACAGUGUCCCACAGCAGUUUACAUAUAAGAGAAAAC